GGGUUGCGCGUUGCCAUUCGGAGGCAGGGCGGCGCGGGGAGCGGAUGGUGGUGACUGCGGGUCCUGUGCGCUGGAGGGGGAAGGAGCAAGAGCUGACUGGGAGCGCCUCCUCCCCACCUCAUCCUACCCCAUCCGGCUGCCUGCGCCCUCGUCGCGCCCCGCCGCCGGCCGCAGAGAGCGGGCAGCGCUGUACGAUGUGAGCGGUCGCGGGGCUCGGGCUGCGCCCCCGGUGCCCACGACGCUGUGGCGGGCGGCAAUGGCUAGAGCCUGGCGUGGGAGCAGCCGCUGGCACCGAUAGGAAGCGCCGGGGGCAGCUGGGCAGGCAGCGCGGAGACUCCCUCGGGCCGUGAAGCGCUUGUCCCGCCCCCUCUCUCUUUCCUCCCCCUCGUCUCCCUCCUCCUCCUCCUCCUCUUCCCCCUGCGGCCGGUGCAUGCAGGGCGCCGGUGGCCGAGGUCGGGCCCCUAGUAGCUGCUGGAACAGGCGACCAGCCGGGUCCUGCGCAUCCUCGCUAUGUCCUCCUCAUCCAGCUCCUCGCAGACCCCCGCCUCCCACCACCAGCCUCCGCCGCAGAGGAUGAGGCGCGGCGCCGCCGGGUCCCCCACUGCCGGCAGCGGCACGGUCGGGGGCCCCGGUAACGGCGCAGGGGGAGGCUCGGCGGGGACCAGUCGGCUGCUUCAGCCCAUCCGAGCGACCGUCCCGUAUCAGCUCCUGCGGGGCAACCAGCACAGCCCGACCCGGUCCCCUUCUGCCUCAGUGGGCAGCAAUACCGGGCCAGGGGGCGGCGGCGGGGGUCGUGGCGGAGGCAGCCCACCGCCGCCCAGCGCGACUCCGCCGUUGGCGGCGGGAGGCGGCGCGGCGGAGCCGGGCAGGGUGAAAGGCAGGCAGCGGCGUUCGCCCGAGAGCGGCGGCGGCGGCAGCAGGAGGAGCAGCUCACCUGAGAGACGGAGCCCCAGCUCUCCGGUGUACAGAGUGGACAGGCCAAAAUCCCAGCAAAUCAGAACUUCUGCUACCAUCAGGAGAACCUCUUCUUUGGACACAAUAACAGGACCUUACCUCACGGGACAGUGGCCACGCGAUCCCCACGUGCACUACCCUUCGUGUAUGAAAGAUAAAUCCACUCAGACACCAAGCUGCUGGGCUGAAGAGGGAGCAGAGAAGAGGUCACAUCAGCGCUCAGCAUCCUGGGGAAGUGCUGAUCAACUGAAAGAGCAGAUUGCCAAACUGAGGCAGCAGCUUCAGCGCAGCAAGCAGAGCAGCCGGCACAGUAAGGAGAAGGAGCGUCAGUCACCUCUCCAUGGCAACCACAUAGCAAUCAGUCAGACUCAGGCUUCUAUUUCCAGAUCAGUCCCUAUGCCACUGUCAAACAUUUCAGUGCCAAAAUCAACUGUUUCACGUGUGCCCUGUAAUGUAGAAGGAAUAAGCCCUGAACUGGAGAAAGUAUUCAUUAAGGAAAACAGUGGAAAAGAAGAAGUAUCCAAGCCUUUGGACAUCCCUGACGGCCGAAGGGCUCCGCUGCCUGCUCACUACCGCAGCAGCAGCACACGAAGCAUCGACACUCAGACCCCCUCUGUGCAGGAGCGCAGCAGCAGCUGCAGCAGUCACUCUCCAUGUGUCUCUCCCUUCUGCCCUCCUGAAUCUCAGGAUGGGAGCCCUUGCUCAGCAGAAGAUUUGCUCUAUGACCGUGAUAAAGACAGUGGGAGUAGCUCACCGUUGCCCAAGUAUGCCUCAUCUCCCAAACCAAACAACAGCUACAUGUUCAAACGAGAGCCCCCAGAGGGAUGUGAGCGAGUGAAGGUCUUUGAGGAACUGUCGUCUCGUCAGCCUGUCUCAGCCCCUCUCUUUUCAUGCCCUGACAAAAACAAGGUUAAUUUCAUCCCAACCGGGUCAGCUUUCUGUCCUGUAAAGCUGCUGGGCCCCCUCCUUCCCGCUUCAGAUCUGACGCUGAAGAACUCUCCAAGCUCUGGUCAAAGCACAGCUCUGAGCACCCUGACUGUUGAGCAGCUUUCGUCUCGGGUCUCCUUCUCAUCUCUGUCAGACGACACCAGCACAAUGGACUCCACGGAGGUCCCGGCACAGCAACCGUCCCCGCAGCAGCCGCCGCUCCUGCAGGAGAUCCAGCCCGAAGACCAUUCCUCUCCUCAGAGCUAUGUGUUGAUCUAGACUCAAGGUGGAGCAGGCCUCUGCCCUGAGGAGAUGGAGGAGGUGACCACUGCGUGAGGUCUCAGUUCCUCUGAGAAGGAAGGUGGAAACGCUUAGGCGGUGUCCAGAAGGAAAACCCAACCAGAGUUCUCUCAGCGUUGUUCUUGGCAGGGACAGAAUUCCUACUCAGCAUUCCUGGGGAGAGAGCAGCCAUGCCUGCAGAACCCAUGUGUCAUUAAAAAAGAGUUUUAAGUGGAGACUAUGCAUUCCAUAGUAUGUUUGACCAGAUUGAGUACUGUGUCCUGCGCUCUGUUUCCAGUUCCUCCAGUAUAAAUAAGCUCUAUGUGUAUAUAUAUAUUAAAAUAAAAGAAAACCCCAAACAAACAAAAAGAAGGAAAAAGAAAAAAGAGAAGGAAAAUAAAAGAGAAGGGAAAAAAAAAAAGAAUUAAAAAAAAAAGAGGAAGAAAAUAAAAAAGAAGGAAA